GAAGGAGAUGAUAAGCAGAAACCGAAAUGCCCAAUCCUGAUUUAACUGUUCUGGUCCUCGACCUUUCUCCUUCAGUAACUCUCGGAGACCUCAAUGCAUAUUUCUCUAACUGUGGCCAUGUCGAGAAAAUCCAGCUUCUGGGUGGGAAUAGAGACCAAUCACAGUCAGCUCUGAUAUCUUUUAGGCAGCCAUAUGCUUAUCAAACAGCUCUUCUCCUUAAUAAUGCUAUUUUCGCAGGCCGACAAAUUCGAGUCCUGCCGAAGAAGGAAGUCACUGAUCUUCCGGUCUCGUACAGAACAAUUCCUAUUGUUUCCGAGAACAACAGGACCCGAGCAAGCAUUCGAGCCGUGGCGGAUGCGAUAGCUUCCGAAGGGGUCGAAGCGUUGCACCAGACGAGAGAUGCACUCGAGCAAAAGUUCAAAUUAUCGGAGAAAAGUCGAGUGGUGAUGGACAAAACCAGGGUGGCAGUGCAUGCGGCUGAUCAGGCGAUUUCCGCGGCGGAGGAAGCGGCGAGAGACGUGGCCAACAGGAUCAAGAACACUAACUAUGUUGCGGUUGGUGCUACUUGGUUCUCUGGUGUGCUUCAGAAAACAUCCAAACUUGUCUUAGAGCAUGGCAAUAGGAAGGGCCAUAGCGCCAAGUCUAGGGAUCAUAUAUGAGUUUCUUUUGCAUCAUUUUAAGUACUAUAUGCUAUAUCAUUGACCUCUAAUGGA